UACUACUACACAAACCAAAACUCCUUUUCCUGGAAUUCCCUUUAAAUUUCCAAAUUUCCAAUCAAACAGUAAAUUUCCAACCAAAUUUCCAUAACAAGCAGAAAUCAGAAUCCGUAUCCUCCAAACGCGUGAAAUAUUUCACCUAUUUAUUGUGACACACAGGGGCUGCGUGACAUGAAAUUGCUCUUGAAUUUUUAUAGACUCAGAGUCUCAGAGAGAGAAAAAAGAAAAAGAAAAAGAGAAUUAGAAUAGUUUAAGUUUUUACUUUUUAGGGUUUCACAGAAGAGAGAGAGAGAGAAUGGGAAAUUGCUUUUCAGAUUUGGAGGGAGGAAAGCAGGCCGUGGGUGGGGCCCAACAGAGGCCCACUAGUGCCAACGAUGGUGGUCACAACGACGCCGUUGACUUCUUCUACAGGUCCCGUGGCCUUCAACCUCUAUUCACUCAAAUUGAGUUAUCUCUAUCAGCAUCUAACUUGCUUGAUCGUGAUAUCACUUCAAAGAGUGAUCCCAUGGCUGUGGUGUAUGCAAAGAAAAUAGAUGGUAAACUAGAGGAGUUAGGUCGCACUGAGGUUGUACUGAAUAGUUUGAAUCCUGCAUGGAUAGAAAAAGUUACAGUUGCAUUCCAAUUCGAGAUCGUGCAACCAUUGGUAUUUCAUGUGUAUGAUGUGGAUACAAAAUAUCAUAAUAUACCUGUGAAGAUGCUAAAAUUGAAGGAUCAAGAAUUUCUUGGAGAGGCCACUUGUAUUCUAUCAGAGGUAGUGACUAACCAAACUCGGAGUUUAACCCUAAAUCUCCAUAUCAAAAAUGGGCAUACGGGCUUGAGUAACUUUGGGGCACUCACUAUCCAUGCAGAGGAAACAGUUGCUUCGAGGAGUUGUGUUGAGAUGAUAGUCCAUUGUUCCCACUUGGAUAACAAGGACCUAUUCUCUAAAAGUGAUCCUUUUUUAAGAAUAUCUAGAAUCGUUGAGACUGGAGGUUUUGUUCCAAUAUUCAAGACUGAAGUGGUGAACAACAAUUUGAAUCCAAUUUGGAAACCCCUAUGCCUGAGUGUACAACAGUUUGGAAAUAAGGAUAACCCAUUAAUUAUUGAGUGCUUUGAUUUCAAUAGCAGUGGCAAUCAUGUGCUUAUUGGUAAGCUCCAAAAGUCAGUGGCAGACCUGGAAAAACUUCAUAAAGAAAGAAGUGGUGCAAAUCUCACCUUACCAUCUUCUCAUCGUGGUCAUGAUAAGGUUUUGAAGGGACAGCUGUUUGUGGAUCAAUUUUGUGAAAAGCAACAGUAUAGCUUUCUGGAUUACAUUUCUAGUGGAUUUGAGCUUAACUUUAUGGUUGCUGUUGACUUUACAGCCUCAAAUGGAAAUCCUCAAAAUCCAGAUUCUUUACACUACAUUGAUCCAUCUGGUCGGUUGAAUUCUUAUCAACGGGCUAUAUUGGAGGUUGGGGAGGUCAUUCAGUUUUAUGAUUCUGAUAGGCAUUUUCCUGCUUGGGGCUUUGGAGGAAGAACAUGUGAUGGGACCACAUCGCAUUGUUUUAACUUGAAUGGAAGUGCAGGUGCCUUUGAGGUUGAAGGAGUUGAGGGAAUUAUGGCUGCUUAUUCAAGUGCUCUACAUAAUGUUGCUCUGGCAGGACCCACUUUAUUUGGCCAAGUGAUCAACAAAGCUGCACAAAUUGCUGGCCAGUCCAUCUCCUACAACAGCAACAAGUACUUUGUUUUGCUCAUUAUUACGGAUGGAGUCCUUACAGACCUACAAGAAACAAAAGACGCUUUGGUCAGGGCAUCUGAUCUUCCACUAUCAAUUCUCAUAGUAGGAGUGGGAGGUGCUGAUUUUACGCAAAUGGAGGUGCUUGAUGCUGACAAUGGAAGACGAUUAGAGAGCUCUACAAGUCGUGUGGCAACACGUGACAUUGUACAAUUUGUUCCAAUGCGAGAAGUACAUAUUGGACAGAUUUCUGUGGUUCAGGCUCUAUUGGAAGAGCUACCUGGACAGUUUUUGACAUACAUGCGGGGUAGAGAUAUCAAGCCACGGCCUCUCCAUGUAGCUCCAACAUCUGCUUGAGAACAUUUUCCAGGUCCACAAGAUGUACAAACAUGCUGAUUUUGCUCACAACAACUAAAAGUUUUAAAAGGUCUGAACCACUAAUAGGUCUACUUACCUGAAAGGAGAUUGUUAUUUUUUUUUUAGGAUUGAAGAUUGAACCACUAACGGGUUUACUUGCUCGUAAAGAUCUCUUUAUUUCAUCCUAAUAGAAAAAAGUACAGUUGUUUUUUUCUUAGAACUUUAUCUUGUCUAAGGAUAAUUAUACUUUUAUUUAGCCUUUUAUUUUUAAGUAAAAUAAACCAUUGAAACAAAUUUAUAACAAAAAAUUUAGUCUUGUAAAGGUGAAAGUAUCCCCUAGGUUGUAACUCGUUUCAUAGAGUAGGUCUCACACAAGGAUGUGGGGUCUGUACUUGUAA